GGCUGCAAACUGAAUUUGGUCGCAAGAAAUGGCAAUAAACUGCUAUGUUAAUAAAACUUGAACAAAUGUGCCACAUAUGGCUUUACUGGAAUGUUUUAGAGAGCAUGUCAAUAGUGUGUUUGGCGUGACCAUGUCUCGCGCUCAACAGCGCUGUCUGUGGACAGUAGAGCCACACCCGCUCCCAUGAACACUAACAGAUCUGUCACACGCUCAAGUGCAAUCCGAACCAAAAGACGAUGUAAAACGAAUCCGAAUUGUUCUACAAAGCGAUCCUAUUGUAAAAGUAACUGAAAGCCGCAGAUGAAGAUGGAGUCUCCGCCAGAGUCCGUCACGGUGCCGCGCAAGAGCGCUUCUGAAGCGGGCGCUUCGGUGGAGGACAGCCCGGUGAAACUGGACAGCAAGGCUGAAACCGACAAACCAGCUCCAGUUCGGCGGCAGAGUUGCUCAAGUACCAACAAGGAUGUGUCCUCAGCAAAGAAAACACACACGUCUCAGAUUGAGAGUAUUCCCUGUAAAAUCUGUGGAGAUAAAUCAUCAGGGAUCCAUUAUGGUGUUAUCACCUGUGAGGGAUGCAAGGGUUUCUUCAGGAGGAGUCAGCAGGGCACUGUGUCAUAUUCAUGUCCUCGGCAGAAGAGCUGUCUGAUCGACCGGACCAGCAGAAACCGCUGCCAGCACUGUCGCCUGCAGAAAUGCUUAGCAGUGGGCAUGUCAAGAGAUGCUGUGAAGUUCGGCCGCAUGUCUAAGAAGCAGAGGGACAGUCUUUUCGCAGAAGUUCAGAAACACCGCCAACAGCAGCAGGAGGAGAAAAUGGGUGAUGAGACAGAGAAGGGGCGGGAACCUCAACCUCCAGGAGAGGCAGAGCCACUCACACCCUCUUACGCCCUGUCCACCAAUGGCGUCACAGAGCUCCCAGAUGACCUCAGUGGAUACGUGAAUGGUCAGACCCCAGAGGAGGGAAAGGCAGAUCCAGCAAUUGGGGGAUUUUACCUGGACAUUCAGCCCUCUCCAGACCAGUCAGGUCUAGACAUGGAUGGCAUUAAACUAGAACCUGUAUGCGACCUUAGCUCAGACUCUGGCCUGGAUCAAUAUUGUUGCUAUAGCAAUGGAGAAUCUUCACCUCCUGACAGUGAUCUAGAACAUCUGUCAGAGAACAUCUGCAAGUCUCACCUGGAGACGUGCCAGUAUCUUCGAGAGGAACUACAGCCCAGCAAUUGGCAGACAGUCUUACAGACCGACCUGGACACGUACCAAAAGAAGUCUCAGGAGGACAUGUGGCAGCUGUGUGCGGUUAAAGUCACCGAAGCUGUGCAGUAUGUGGUUGAGUUUGCCAAGCGCAUUGAUGGAUUCAUGGAGCUCUGUCAGAAUGAUCAGAUCGUGCUGCUCAAAGCAGGUUCUUUAGAAGUUGUCUUUGUGAGGAUGUGUCGGGCAUAUAACUCCCAGAACAACACUGUCUAUUUUGACAGCAAAUAUGCUGGGCCGGAGGUCUUCAAAGCUCUGGGCUGUGAUGAUCUUAUCACCUCUGUGUUUGAGUUUGCUAAGAGCCUGAACUCUCUAGAGCUAAGUGAGGAUGAGAUUGGCCUGUUUUCAUCAUACGUGCUGAUGUCUGCAGAUCGCUCCUGGCUGCAGGAGAAGACCAGAGUGGAGAAACUCCAGCAGAAGAUCAAGAUCGCCUUGCAGAACCUCCUACAGAAGAACCAGAGGGAUGAGGGAAUUCUCACAAAGCUUGUCUGUAAAGUGUCCACCGUUCGGAUGUUAUGCCGUCGCCACAUGGAGAAACUGAGCGCAUUCAGAGCUCUUUACCCAGAAACGGUCCAAACACGCUUCCCUCCACUCUAUAAGGAGCUGUUUGGCUCAGAAUUUGAGCAGGUUCUGCCUCAGGAGGCCUGAUAGAGACUUAUCCUAAUACUGCACAGAUGCAGAGAAAAAAAGACACAGAGAGAGAGAUAAUACUAACAUGCUGACAAGAACUCUAAUCUCACUUCAUGUACACUGCAUUCUCACAAAGCACUUCUCAGAGUCCAGCUACACUUUUAACUUGCCCCAUUGGCCGUGCACCAGAAGGCUGACAAGAAGAGGAAACUAUAGAUGCGAGGGGGGG